AUGGGCGAACUCGAGUUCUCGCGGGAGGACGUGCCCUUCCUGCCCUUCCUCGCCGGGCUCGCAGCUUGGUCCCUGUACCGCCUUGCAGUCGAUCGCAUAGUGAGAUGGUGGAGCCCUGGGUUUUACCACAAACUCCGGGGUAACUAUGAGAAGUAUCUGUUUUUCUUCGGGAUGCUUCUCGGUCUCAUCGUCAAGCCCAUCCCCUUGAUUGGGUGCGGAUUAGCAGUAUGGAAGACACCCCCGGAGGACGACAUCGCCGGCUUCCGCCGCCCGAUGAAUCCCUCUCAGCAGUUCUGCUGGGGCUCACGGACUGUUAUCUACAUCUCGGAGCUGCCCCACUACCUGCACGUCCCCGAGAUGGUCCUCCACCACCUUUUGACCCUCCUCGGCAUGAGCAUGGUUGCGAAGUUCAACAUAUCCCGGCGGGGCCUUGACCUCUCCCUCGCCGCUUUGUGGUCCGAAAUCGUCUACAGCCUUCGCAAUGUCCUCAAGUGGACAGGGCACUUGGAAGAUCGUCCCAACCUGGACUGGCGCCUCACCUUCUACGGCACGCUGUUCCUCUUCGUCACUCGCGCGCCUACUACCAUUGCCGCCCUGGCCAUGAUCCCUGCCAACGGCCUCCAGGCUGGACCAGCACUUGUUAUCGCCAUGGCUUAUGUGUUCCACCUGGUGUACAUCAUACGGAUCACUUACAUUCGCCUGAAGAAAUCGCGCGUCUUGCAAGUCGAGGAUUCCGGUGUAUUUCGAGUCCAAGUCGGAGACCGCCUCAACAUCAAUUCCACCACCCUGCUCGCUGGCCUGGCAUUCAUGAGCACCCAAGUUUCUAUCGUUCUCCUCUACUCCUGGACGAAUACGGGGCCGCAACCCGUCCGAGUACCGGAACUUGUCAACCUCAUGUGGAACUCUGUCUUGGCAGGGCUUGUUGGUCUUACUGGCUCCAGGCUCACUGCACGGGCUUUGCAGGCCUUUGCACGGGCUUUGCAGGCCUUUGCACAAUGGCAUUGGGUGUCUUUACUCUAUAUGCAAUGCGACCUCGCCAUCGCCGCCUUGGUGCUGUAUUUGUCACCAGACGUCGAUAGCUCCAUUGACAGAAAGAACCUGCUCUUUUGCAUGCUCCUCAGCUCCUCACUCACCAAGGCUAUCUGCCAAUAUGCCUCCCACCUAGCCUGCCUCCAGACCGAGCCGCAGGGGUCAGCCCGACAGCUCGGCUCAUCACGACGGACCCUGAAUUGCAGCAUCAUCAACCUCUGCCAAUACCUCAUAUCCGUCUUGCUCUUCGCUGCUGGACAUUCGUCGGUAGCUAGCGCUGCGUUGAACACCUUCCUGGUACAAAUGGUAGUCGAAGCAGCCGCCAACUCUGCGAUGACAAAGACCACCACAGGCAUUUGCCUCGGUUCUCUCGCUGCACUCAUGACUGCCUGGCGAUUCAGCCUGGUUGAGAUCUCCAGCCCAGCAUACGGAUAUGAGCUAUACGACAACCAGACUAUAGGUUCGAUUCGGUUCACUCACGGGCCAUCUUCUCUUCCAUACUGGGUCAAGCUUCUCCUGCAGGACACGCUCGUCGUUGCGGGCCUCUACUUGCUGUGCAACACCACCAUGGACUACUUGUGCAGCCUCCCAUGGAACAAGCCAAGGAUACCCAGCCUCCCGAAGCUGAGGACAAUCGGCCUGCUUACUGUUUCGGCCUGGAUCGGCUAUAUCGUCUACCUAGUCUCAACCGGGCAGACCCCAGAGAUCCACAACAAGAACUUCACCGCCGCCGAGAUCCUGGCUAGGGAGCCACCUAUUUUUGUGGCCGGUCAGAAUAUGUUUGCAAAGGCUGCUCUCGUCUCUUUCUUCAUGGCCGCUGGUGUCAUUGGCGCGCCAGAGGCCAAUUCAGAGGGUGCCACUUGUCCCGAGGUCUGGAACUACAUCGCGAAGGAGCUGAAGUACGACUUCAUCGACGAGUAUGGCUUCUGUACCGACUACGCUCGCCAGUCCAUCCGCCUGCCGUUCCAUGACUGCUUCCCGAGAGGAGGCUGUGAUGGUUCCAUCGUUCUCACCGACGAGUGCUUCAAUCGUCGAGACAACGAGAGACUCAUCCCUAUCUGUGCCAAGCUCCGCGAUGUGGCCAACAGGUACAGGGUCGGGGUGGCUGACCUGAUCAACCUGGCUGGCGCCAUCGGCAACAAGGCCUGCAAAUGGGGGCCCUACACGCCCUUCUACGUCGGGCGGACGGACAACCCGGUGGCAGCCCUGGAUGGCCAGCUGCCGCCGCCUAUCCUGCCGGCCCCGACACUGAUCAGCGUCUUCGCCGCCAGGGGCUUCACGGACGACGAGCUCGUCGCCCUGGUCGGGGCGCACAGCGCGGGCAAGAACCACACCGGCGUGCCGUUCGACACCACUGUCGGGGAGCUCGACUCGUGGACCUACUACACAGAGACCCGCGACGGCGGUGCCCCUACCACGCUGCCCAGCGACUUCUUCCUGUCGCAGUACGGCCAGACCCGCGACUCCUGGAACGUCUACGCUGUGAGCCAGGAGGCUUGGAUCAAGGACUUCGUCGAUGGAUGGAAGAAACUCAUUACCCUAGACAACGAUUUCUCGAAGUUGGCCGACUGCACUGAGGUCGUCUUCAAGGCGUUCCCAUGGGACGAUGAUUAUGACCCAUGCGUGGCUGACAAGACCUGCUAA